AUGGCUGGGAGAGCUUCGAUCCCCGCUCGCAACUCUGCCCUCAUCGCAAUGAUCGCCGAUGAGGACACCGUAGUUGGAUUUUUGAUGGCUGGAGUUGGUAACGUUGACAUAAGGAGAAAGACCAAUUACCUCAUCGUGGAUUCGAAGACAACUGUGAGACAAAUUGAGGAUGCUUUCAAGGAAUUCUCAUCAAGGGAUGAUAUUGCUAUCAUUCUCAUGAGCCAAUAUAUUGCCAAUAUGAUCCGGUUCUUGGUGGAUAGCUACAACAAGCCAGUUCCUGCAAUUCUGGAGAUCCCUUCCAAGGACCAUCCAUAUGACCCUGCUCAUGAUUCGGUUCUCUCCCGUGUCAAGUACCUCUUCUCUGCCGAAUCAGUCUCACAGCGUUAA